CAAAGCGUAGCACAGAUCUCUCCAGCAAUUUGAUAAGUUAGCAAUCAUGGCGGCCGGAGGAUUUUCAACGGCGGCCGGGGAAACCCAAUUUGAGGCAAGGAUCACAUUAACGGUCAUAGUAUCUUGCAUAAUGGCCGCCACCGGCGGCCUUAUGUUUGGUUAUGAUGUUGGAAUUUCAGGUGGUGUGACAUCAAUGCCCAGUUUUUUGCAAAGGUUCUUCCCAGAAGUAUACAUAAGGACACAGCAACAUGGGGAAGAAAGCAACUACUGCAAAUAUGACAAUCAAAACCUUCAGUUGUUCACAUCCUCUCUCUACCUUGCAGCUUUGGUAGCCGCCAUGGUAGCCUCCACGAUCACAAGAAAGCUAGGCCGCAAGCUAACUAUGUUGAUUGCUGGGGUUUUCUUCAUUGUUGGCACAGUCUUGAAUGCGUUGGCAAAUAGCCUUAUCAUCCUCAUUAUUGGCAGGAUCAUACUGGGUUUCGGUGUUGGUUUCGCAAAUCAGGCUGUGCCAGUGUUUCUUUCUGAGAUUGCUCCCACCAGAAUUCGUGGUGCACUCAACAUUCUCUUCCAGUUGAAUGUCACCAUUGGAAUUCUCAUUGCAAACCUUGUUAACUGGUUUGUUGCAAAGAUUGAAGGUGGAUAUGGGUGGAGAAUAUCACUAGCUUUGGCUGGGGUUCCUGCACUUAUGCUAACAUUGGGGGCCCUCAUAGUGGAUGACACUCCCAACAGUCUUAUUGAAAGGGGUAGAGAAGAUGAAGGGAAGGCUGUACUUAAGAAGAUUCGUGGUGUGGAAAAUGUUGAUCCAGAGUUUGAGGAUAUCCUCAGAGCCAGUAAAGUGGCUAAAGAGGUCAAGAGUCCCUUCAGAGACCUUCUCAAGCGUCACAACCGUCCUCCACUAGUCAUCGCUGUCAUGAUGCAAAUCUUCCAACAAUUCACCGGAAUCAACGCGAUCAUGUUCUACGCCCCGGUGUUGUUCAACACUCUUGGAUUCAAAAGUGAUGCUUCUUUGUACUCAGCUGUGAUCACAGGAGCAGUGAAUGUCCUCUCCACAUUGGUAUCCGUCUAUUGUGUGGACAAAGCAGGGAGAAGGAUUCUGCUAUUGGAAGCAUGUGCCCAAAUGUUUCUCUCUCAGAUGGUGAUUGCUAUAGUGCUCGGAGUGAAAGUGGGAGAUUACUCAAACAGUUUAGGAAAGGGUUUUGCUGUCUUGGUGGUGAUAAUGGUGUGCACAUUUGUGUCGUCUUUCGCGUGGUCAUGGGGACCACUCGGGUGGUUGAUUCCCAGUGAGACUUUUCCCCUCGAGACUCGAUCUGCUGGGCAGAGUAUUACCGUGUUCGUCAACAUGCUUUGCACCUUCAUCAUUGCUCAGGCUUUCUUGUCCAUGAUGUGCCACAUGAAGUUUGGAAUUUUCUUGUUUUUCUCUGCCUGGGUGGUGGUGAUGGGUUUGUUCACAAUGUUCCUCAUUCCAGAGACAAAGAAUGUCCCCAUUGAAGACAUGAAUGAGAAAGUCUGGAGUCAGCAUUGGUUCUGGAAGACUUAUAUGGAUGAUUAGAUUCAAAGACCAUAUGCAUUUGGAAGUUCAUAACUAUGAAUUUCCCAUUGUAAUUACUCUUUUUGGCACACAUCUCACUCUCAUCCAACAAUGUCCAUAUUAGCGUUACAAAAUUGUAAAGUGUUAAUUGUUUAACACUCCAAUUUUGCAUAUCUAUUUUUGAUGUACAUCACAUGAUUCACAUCUCAUUUCCAUUUUCUUUC